UCAGCGUCGCGUUUGUUGUUUUUUAUUUAGUUUCACUCGGCGAAAAAAAAACCCAAGUUUAAAUCUGAGUCUCUAAACGAAAUCCAAGCCAAAAACAAUAGAUAAAUAAGGGGUAUAGUGGCGCACAGUGUUUGCGGCAGGCUGCCCACUGUUAUUUCCUGUCACAGACAAUGGCAACGGAGACGGUGCCCAACACCGAAAACUACCAAAUUGCCAACGGCGACGAGGAUGUGAUUUGUCCCACCUGCGAUGCAAAAAUCAAGCGCAGCCAGGUCGCCGAUCACUGUCAAAUGGAGAUGGAACGUUUGCACAGCAUGCAGCUGCGAUCCUCGGCUGCAACUUCGCCCACAACAGCCACCGCCUCCGCUUCUUCUCCAGCUGCGGCCGAGGGAACUCAGCGUCGGCCGUGGAGCAUUUUUCAGCGUGUGCAACGCAAUCGACAAUCCCGCCAGCGGCAACGGACACGCAAACGACCAACACCACCACCGCCGGCAGCACCACCGCCAGCACCACCUGUAACAAUGCCGCCACCAGCACCACCACCAGCUACGACUGCUACUGCUGCCACUGAAGCCAACUGCAGCUGCCCGGUGUGCAACAAGAAUUUCACACAAGCAGAGAUUCAUGAGCACGUCAAUCAAUGUCUGCGUACGAGUCGCAACGGGGGGAACGAGCGUCAGUCCAGCGAGGAUGACGAGGACAGCGAUGAGUAUGAGGAGUACGAGUGGGCGGGACAGAAGCGUAUACGUGUCUCAACACUCGUCCAGGGCGGCUAUGGAGCACUGAAUCUGGGCCAGACCAUCAAGUAUAAUGGCGGGCAGCAGGCGACGGAGGACGAGGACGAUGUCAAUGUCGACGAGGACGACACGCACAUCUAUGGUCCGACGCAAUAUGGCGAGGCGGAUGUGAUACCGCUGGCCAGCGACGAUGCUGAGGAGGGAGCCAUCGCCGAAGCGGAUGUCACCAGCUAUGUGCGCCGCCUCAUCUCCUCCAACGAAACAACGCCCAAGCCAAGUGGCAGCAGCGGAAGCAGCAGCACCGCCAAUCAUUCCAGCGAGCAAACAACGACUGAACAAUUGGAUGAGACUGACGCCGUCAGCCUGGAGCCAUCCACAUCGAAGCAGGCGAGCAAAUUGGCGCAGACGCAACAGCAGAUUAUUGAAUCGCUGAAGGCGCGAUUGCGUCUGUACGAGAAGCAGGCGCAGAGCAAGCUGAAGUGCCUAAUCUGCAUCGAUGACUACAAGAAUCCCGCCAUUUCCGUCUCCUGCUGGCAUGUCCACUGCGAGCAGUGCUGGCUGCAGACGCUCGGCGCCCGCAAGCUGUGCCCUCAAUGCAAUUCCAUAACAACCCCAAAAGAUUUAAGACGCAUUUAUCUAUAAUGGACAACUUCAGUAGUCGCUCGAUUUGAACGCAGAUGGCACUUUUGUAAUUAUUAUUUUCUGUGUAUUUUUCUUUAAGAGAAUAUUAUUCCACAUAUUCUUCUUUCUUAACUAAAAUAUUACAAAAUCGUAUUUUUUGUAUGCAAAAAUAGUGCUUACCUUAUGGUUUUCGAGCGACCCACAUUCAUGGGACUUUUUACAAUACGUUCGAAAAUUAUUCUUAGUUUUAUUUUGAACUUUUCUAUUUGGUCUUGUCGGGACAAGACUAUUCAUUUUCAGUUCAAUUUUGUAGAUUUAGCUUUACAACCAUUACAUAUUAUUUAUAUAGCAGCUAUGAUUAUCAUACGUGACAUAACAAUAAGCAUUAUGUAA